AGACAAUGAAUGACUGGGCCCCCAUAGCGAAGGAGUAUGACCCCCUCAAAGCCGGCAGCAUCGAUGGCACAGAUGAGGAGCCCCACGACCGUGCCAUAUGGAGGGCAAUGUUGGCGCGCUACGUACCCAACAAGGGAGUUACAGGAGAUCCUCACCUCACCCUCUUUGUAGCAAGACUCAAUCUUCAGACAACAGAAGAGAAGUUAAAGGAGGUCUUUUCCCGGUAUGGAGACAUCAGAAAGAUUCGUCUGGUUCGAGAUCUGGUCACAGGAUUUUCCAAGGGUUAUGCAUUUAUUGAGUACAAAGAGGAGCGUGCUCUCUUGAAGGCCCACAGAGAUGCCAACAGACUGGUUAUUGAUCAACACGAGAUCUUUGUAGACUUUGAACUGGAAAGAACUCUCAAAGGAUGGAUUCCUCGGAGGCUUGGAGGUGGCUUUGGAGGCAAAAAGGAAUCUGGGCAGCUACGGUUUGGAGGGCGGGACAGACCUUUCCGAAAGCCCAUCAAUUUGCCAAACAUGAAAAAUGAUUUCUAUGGAGAGGGAUCAGCAGAGAAAAGAAACUGGUCUCGUGAGGGAACAAGGGACUGGAGAACAAGGGACCGAGACCAUGAAAGGAGCAGAGACAAGCGAUGGCCAGAAAGGGAGCGGUCGUGGGCUUGGGGUGAAAACGAGAAAGAGAGGGACUCCAAAGAGGAGAGGAGCAGAGGGAGGGAGAGGAAGGACAGAGACAGGAAGGACAGGGAUAGAGACCGCAGCAGGGACAGAGAUACCAAGAAACCAAGAGAUGACGAUAAGCAUCGUUAGGUGACAGU